AUGGACAUCUCAGAGUUCUCUGUGGAUUGGAUGCCUGAGCACCCACCAAACUUUAUGAAGAGACAACGAGAGCCCUCUGAGAAGUCAAAGAAGGCCAAGAAAGCAAAGUUGGGGGAACCUUUUGUAUCAAGACCUCUGAUCGAACCUCCAAGUAAGUCUCUUCCUCCUCACUCUCGCUCUGCAUAUUUAAAGCAAAUUACUUCUUCCCUUCCCCAGACCUUACCCAUCUACACACAAUCUGAACCCUCACCCUCAACCACCAAACCCCCUGAAACACCUUCCUCUAACCUCUCAUCUCCCCCUCUCCAAAAAUUUAACCUCAUCACCAUAACCUUACCCAUCUCAGAAGCAGAAAUGUUCAAUGAACCAAUUUCAUCACCCUCUUCAACACCCUCAUCCCCAUCUUACUACAUCAUCUCCUUUGACUCGGAACCUUCUGACCCCCAAUCUCCCACAUUGGCUUUGCUUCAGGCUCGUGCCCUUUCCACAAAACAACAAUCUGAACCAGAAGCUAACAUUCCCCCACCACCUGAACAACCAACAACACCACCAUCUGAAAAACCAACACCACCACUACCUGAAUAA